AUGGAGAAGUGGGAGAUUCAGCCUUUUAAAUACAAAUCAUUGCCUCGCAAUGUUGUCCGCAGUGAGUGGAUUAAGUACAAGCGGAACUUCGACUAUAUCGUCGCGGCUUCUGGAGAAAGCGAUAAAACGCGCAUGAAAAAUCUGUACCUUGCCAGAGCCGGACCAGACGUUCAGGAAGUAUUCGCAUCCAUUCCGGGGGCAGAUGUACCUGAGGACAAGGAAAAUGGCGUGGAUCCGUAUGCUGUCACUAUGCAGAAGCUGGAUGCUUACUUUUCCCCUAAGCAGCAUGAAACAUUCGAACGCAACGUCUUCUGGACACUUAAGCCGAGCCCGGAAGAGACACUGGAGAAGUUUAUGUUGCGUUUCCAGGAUCAAGCCAGCAAGUGCAACUUCGGGAGCAGCGCCAUGGAGAGCAGAGCAAUAAGCGUCAUCGACAAAGUCAUCUUAUUUGCCCCGAGCGACUUGAAGGAACAGCUUCUGCAGAAGGAUUCGCUUGACAUCGACGAGGUCGUGAAGAUCGUCGGUUCGUAUGAAUCUGUGAAGCAUCAAGCCCAACAGAUGAAUCAGUCGUCAUCAGGGUUCACCGAGUCUGAUAUAAAUGCCGCAGGGAGAAGCACCAUUAACAAAAUCAGAAACAUACCGUUCAAAGAUUGCAUGAGGUGCGGAAAACGGGAUCACAUCGCCAAUGAUCCAAAGUGUCCUGCUCGCGGUAAAGAGUGCAUCAAAUGUAAGAGGAUUGGCCAUUUCGCUGCACGAUGUCGCACACCCGCGGGAAAACGAAGAUAUGCUGAGGAACCAAGGCCAGGCCCUAGCAAAGGAUUCAAACGACAACGCGUACACGAGAUCGAAACUGAGGACGAAAGAAAGGACCGUAGCUUCAUAUUUAGCAUUAACGAUGGAGGAGAAUUUUUGUGGCUCAAACUGGGAGGAGUAACGCUGCAACUGCUGAUUGAUUCUGGCUGCAAGAAAAACAUCAUCAAUGAAAAGGCGUGGGAGUAUAUGAAGAACAAUGGAGCUUAG